UUACAGGCUGGCGCGCUUGUCUUUGUGGAAGAGUCGCGUUUACUUCAGCGAGGUUUCGGCGGUUUAAAUUGUACUUGUGUUAUUUUUUUUUUUGCUGCGGAUUUCACCGAGUAAUAGCAGUUCAAGUUACAUAUUUAAUCGAUCCCGUCGUUUGCUUGUUACGGUGUAGCUUUCAAAUCCUCUUUGUUAUUUUUCUUUACAGUUAUUUUUUUCAGUUAGUGGCGGGCAAUUUAAAAACAUAAAAAUGGCAACCGGCGAACCACUGAAGGCGUUGUGUGAGAACAAGGCCAUGGAGAAGGUGAAGAAAGAUGGCAAUCGCCUCUCGGUGGAAAGGAUCUAUCAGAAGAAGACCCAGCUGGAGCACAUCCUGCUCCGUCCCGACACCUACAUUGGGUCAGUGGAGCACGUCACUCAGCAACUGUGGGUGUUCGAUGAGGAGCUGGGCAUGAAUUGCAGAGACGUGACCUACGUUCCUGGCUUGUACAAAAUCUUUGACGAAAUCCUAGUGAACGCCGCUGAUAACAAGCAGAGGGAUAAAAACAUGUCCUGCAUCAAAAUCAAUAUCGACCCGGAGAACAACACCAUCAGCGUGUGGAACAACGGGAAGGGAAUCCCGGUGGUGGAGCACAAGGUUGAGAAGGUCUUUGUUCCGGCGCUUAUCUUCGGGCAGCUUUUAACAUCCAGCAACUACGAUGAUGAGCAGAAGAAAGUCACAGGCGGGAGGAAUGGUUAUGGUGCCAAGCUGUGUAACAUCUUCAGCACCAAGUUCACCGUGGAGACGGCGUGCCGGGAAUUCAAGAAGACUUUCAAACAGAGCUGGUACGAGAACAUGGCUCGAGCCGGUGAGUCGAAGAUCCGGCCCUUCGAGGGUGAGGACUUCACCUGCAUCACGUUCCAGCCUGACCUGCCCAAAUUCAAGAUGGAGACGCUGGACCGGGACACUGUGGCGCUCAUGUCCAGGAGAGCCUACGACAUCGCGGGAGCGUCCAAGGGGGUCAAAGUGUUCCUGAAUGGGAAGAAGCUGCCUGUUUCGGGGUUUCGCAGCUACGUGGACCUGUACGUGAAGGACAAGCUGGAUGAGACGGGGUCCCCCCUGAAGGUGGUCCACGAAGUGGUGAACGAUCGCUGGGAGGUGUGCCUGACUAUGAGUGAGAAGGGGUUUCAGCAAAUCAGCUUCGUCAACAGCAUCGCCACCACCAAGGGCGGAAGGCACGUGGACUACGUGGCCGACCAGAUCGUCACGAAACUCAUCGAGGUCGUGAAGAAGAAAAACAAAGCUGGCGUGGCUGUCAAGCCCUUUCAGGUUAAGAACCACAUGUGGGUGUUUGUGAACAGCCUGAUUGAGAACCCGACCUUCGACUCCCAGACCAAGGAGAACAUGACCCUGCAGCACAAGAGCUUCGGCUCUAGCUGUACCAUGAGCGACAAGUUCAUCAAGGCGGCAAACUCAUGUGGCAUCGUGGAGAGCGUGAUGAACUGGGUGAAGUUCAAAGCCCAGUCUCAGCUCAAUAAGAAGUGUUCGUCUGUGAAGCACACCAAAAUCAAGGGGGUCCCCAAACUAGACGACGCCAACGAUGCUGGAGGGAAGAACUCCAGCGGCUGCACCCUCAUCCUCACAGAGGGAGACUCGGCCAAGACCCUGGCUGUGUCCGGCCUCGGAGUGGUGGGGAGAGACCGCUACGGGGUGUUCCCGCUGCGGGGCAAGAUCCUGAACGUGCGGGAGGCAACACACAAGCAGAUUAUGGAAAAUGCUGAGAUCAACAACAUCAUCAAGAUCAUGGGUCUGCAGUACAAGAAGAACUACGCUGAGCCGGACUCCCUGAAAACACUGCGCUACGGAAAGAUCAUGAUCAUGACAGAUCAGGAUCAGGAUGGCUCUCAUAUCAAGGGGCUGCUGAUCAACUUCAUCCAUCACAACUGGCCGUCUCUGCUGCGCCACAACUUCCUGGAGGAGUUCAUCACCCCCAUCAUCAAGGUUUCCAAACAAAAGCAGGAGAUACCCUUCUACAGCAUCCCAGAGUUCGAGGAGUGGAAAAACUGUCAGGAGAGUACCAAAUCCUGGAAAAUAAAGUACUACAAAGGUCUGGGCACGAGCACAUCUAAAGAGGCGAAGGAAUAUUUUGCUGACAUGGAAAGGCAUCGGAUUGCCUUCAGAUACACCGGCCCUGAGGAUGAUGCUGCGAUUAGCCUGGCCUUUAGCAAAAAGCAGGUAGACGACAGGAAGGAGUGGCUGACCUCCUUCAUGGAAGGAAGGAGACAGAGAAGACUUCACGGGCUGCCGGAGGAUUAUCUGUACGGGAAAGCCACCAAACACCUGACCUACAACGACUUUAUUAACAAGGAGCUGGUUCUUUUCUCCAACUCGGACAACGAGCGCUCUAUUCCUUCAGUGGUCGACGGCUUGAAACCGGGUCAGAGGAAAGUUCUGUUCACCUGCUUCAAACGAAAUGACAAACGGGAGGUAAAAGUGGCUCAGCUGGCCGGUUCUGUUGCAGAGAUGUCCGCCUAUCACCACGGUGAGGUGUCUCUCAUGAUGACCAUCGUUAACUUGGCUCAGAAUUUCGUCGGCAGCAACAACUUGAACCUGCUGCAGCCUGUGGGGCAGUUUGGCACCAGGCUGCACGGUGGCAAAGACGCGGCCAGCCCCCGAUACAUCUUCACCCUGCUCAGCCCCCUGGCCAGGCUGCUGUUCCCCGCUGUCGAUGACAACCUGCUGAAGAACACAUACGACGACAACCAGAAGGUGGAGCCAGAGUGGUACAUCCCUAUCAUCCCUACCGUGCUGCUCAACGGGGCGCAGGGCAUCGGCACGGGCUGGGCCUGCUACAUCCCCAACUUCGACGUGCGCGAGGUUGUCAACAACGUGAGGCGCAUGCUGGACGGGGACGAGCCACUGCCCAUGCUCCCCAGCUACAAGACAUUCAAGGGUACCAUACAGGAGCUGGGUCCCAACCAGUACCUCAUCAGUGGAGAAAUCUCUGUGCUGGACUCCACCAGCAUUGAGAUCUCUGAGCUGCCAGCCAAGACGUGGACUCAGACCUACAAGGAGCAGGUUCUGGAGCCCAUGCUGAACGGCACAGAGAAGACCCAGCCCCUCAUCACAGACUACAAGGAGUACCACACAGACACCACGGUCCGCUUCGUGGUCAAGAUGACGGAGGAAAAGCUGGCUGAGGCAGAGGCUGCCGGACUGCACAAGGUCUUCAAGCUGCAGACCACUCUCACCUGCAACUCCAUGGUGAUGUUUGACCACGUGGGCUGCAUGAAGAAGUACGAGACGGUGCAGGACAUCCUGAAGGAGUUCUUCGAUCUGCGGAUGAAAUACUACGACCUGCGCAAGGGCUGGCUGCUCGGCAUGCUGGGAGCAGAGAGUGCCAGGUUCACCAACCAGGCACGCUUCAUACUGGAGAAGAUUGAGGGCACCCUGGUCAUUGAGAACAAGCCGAAGAAGGAGCUGAUCCGGAUGCUGCAGGAGAUGGGCUACGACUCGGACCCUGUGAAGGCCUGGAAAGAGGCUCAGGAAAAGAGCGUGGAGGAGGAGGAGGUAGAGGAAAAUGACGAGGCCUCAGCCUCCGGCCCGGAUUAUAACUAUCUGCUCAACAUGCCCAUGUGGUACCUGACCAAGGAGAAGAAAGAGGAGCUGUGCAAGCAGAGAGACGCCAAGCUGACUGAGCUGAACACCCUGAAGCGGAAGAGCCCGUCGGACCUGUGGAAGGAGGAUCUGGCUGCUUUUGUAGAGGAGCUGGAGUGCGUGGAGGCGAAGGAGCGUGACGAGGCUGCUGCGGGAAUCAAGCCAGUGAAGGGGAAGGCGGGCAAGCCCAAAGCCGUGAAGCUGAUCCAGCAGGAAACCAUGCCCUCCCCCCAGGGCCGCAGGGUGGUGCCCCGGGUCACCACCGCCAUGAAGGCAGAUGCCUCCAAGAAGAUAAAGAAGAGGGUCAAGGUGGAGGACGGGGUGGUGAUGAAGAUGGAGUUUGAGGAGUCUGGUGGCGGAGACAACACUGCGCAGAUCUCUCCAGAGAGGGGAGAGAGUCUGGCUUCCAGACUGACCAAGAAGAGCAAGAAGGAGACGGGAGCGCAAGGAGGUGCGAAGGCUAAGAAGCAGACAAUGCUGCCUUUCAAGCCAGUGAAGAAGGAGAAGAGGAACCCCUGGUCCGAUUCCUCGGGGUCUGAGCCAGAGCUCAGCGACAGCGAGGUGGCUCCCAGGGAGAGUGUUCAGCGCCGCGCCGCAGCCACCAAGACUAAACUCACCAUUGAUUCCAGCAGCGAGGAUGAGUUUGAAGACUGGAGUAAAACAAAGAGCAGCAGGAAGGACGAGGAAUCUGAUCAUGCAGAGAGUGAAGGCUUGUACCCUGCCCCUGACUCUGCUUCCGACACAGCGCCCAAGCCCAAGAAGAAGCAGAAAGAGGUGGUGGUGAAGGAGAAGGCUGCCCCCAUGCCUGACAGUGUAGACCUGACCUCUCAAGACAGUGAGGGGGAGGUGGUGCAGAGCAAGCCCUCAGCCCCCCCAGCCAAGCCGGCAGCACAGAAAGGGAAAGCUGCUGGCAAGAAGGCCCUCGGCAAGAAGCCCACCUCCAGCACCACCGCCAAGAGGAAGGGCUCCGAUGACAAGCAGCCUUCCAUCCUGGAUGCUCUCACUAAACCCAAGGCUACCGCUCCCAAAACUAGUAAGAGUGCAGCGCCAGGACCCUCCAGCGAUUCUGACUCCGUGCCAAAACCCAGCAAGAAGACCAGUGCCGCGGCUAAGAAACCCACCGGCGGCCCUGUGAAACCCAAAGCCCCGCGCAAGAGGAAGAGCUCAGAGUCCGAGGAGUCCGACUGCGACCUCAUGUCUCGUCUCAAAGGCAAGCAGGCAGCAAAAAAGAAAGCGAAGUGGGAAGAUGACGAGAGUUUUACAGUGGAUUCGGAUAGCGAGACUGUGGCUCCUCGCAGCCGACCCGGCCGGGCCAAGAAAGCGGUCCAGUACGUUGCAGACGAUUCGGACUCUGACUUCGGGUUUUAAAGAGGCUGUCGGCACUGGUACUAGUCCAGCCCGUCAAGUUGUUUUAACCCACACAAGAGUUUACCCCAAAUACGCAGCUGUGAGAAUCACAAGCCCAGGAUCCUAAAUCUACACCCAUACAAAAUCCAGCGGCGUUUCCUUAACUGUUUUACCGCCUGCUUAUUGAGUUCAUAUGAGGGAGAGGUGGGCAGAUCAUGAAGAAAAUUAACCUGGAAAAGGUUUAAUAUAGUUUAACGUUUUUCCUGAUUUU